ACGAUGCCAUAAUAUAACCGCUGCAGGCCGCAGGGACACUGCCAAUUGUGCGUCCUCUCUCUCUACGCUCUGCAAAAAGCUUACACCCUCACCAUUUCCAUUACUACUCUGCUUCUGCUCCCUCCAUUCCACUCCGCCGCUCCCCUCCCCUUUCUUCCACCCUCUUUUCCCACUACUCACUUUUGCCUUCCAUGGACGCCUUCAGCUUGCUCAAGUACUGGCGCGGCGGCCACGCUACCACCGUCGUCGAGAGCGCCACCACCACCCAGACUGCAACAGUUGUUACUGCCACGACCGGCGACGACGACGACGACGAACCCUUCUUUGACUUGGAAUUCACGGUGCCCAACAAGGAGAAACAAAGAGAGCACGAAGACGGCGACUGCACGAACUGUAACAACGACGUGGAUGGAGAAGAGCCGGAAGCAACGGACAGCGAGAACGAGAGCGAGUUGAAGCUCACGUUCUCGUUCGGUUCGCGCUCUCCUUCCGAUGAUCUCUUCUUCAAGGGUCGGCUCGUGCCCGUCGAGCCUUCGCCGGCGGCUUCGAACGGCUCGGAACCGGACUGGAAAUCGCCGUUCUCUUUGUCGAAACCGGCGACGAAGCUUCGAGUCAUGAUGCUGAAGCUGAAGAAAUCGACGACGGGAAAGGAAAAACCGGAAGAGGCUGAACGGCCGGAGGAGAGACAGAAGAAGAGCAAGUUCUUGAAGGUGAAAUUGAAGGUUGAAGAAGCGAAGAUUGCGUCUCUGUUCACGAGAAACAACAAUGCCGAGAAGAAGCCACAGGGCAAGACGGAAUCGGCUUCCGACGAGAAGCUGAGUUUGAAGUACUUGAAGAUGGUAAAACCUCUCUACAUCCGAGUCUCGAAGCGAUACGGCGAGAAGAUAAGCUUGGGAUCGACAAAAUCUGGACCGUCUCAGCCGCUUAACUCGCCGUCGGCGGCGAAGGCCGAGACUGAACCGACGAACGUGGAUGAACGUUCCGGCAACGUGAAGUGCCAGAAACAGGGGAAUAUUCCGGCAGGGCUGAGAGUGGUCUGCAAGCAUUUGGGGAAAAGCCGAUCGGCGUCGGCGGCGGCGGCGGCAGGUUCUGGUUCAAUUUCGGCGAACCGGCGGGACGACUCGUUUUUGGAGCAACAGGAUGGGAUUCAAAGCGCCAUUUUGCACUGCAAGAGAUCGUUCAACUCAUCCAGUGCAGAGUUGGAGUCGUCUCUUCUGCCGAGAUCAGCCAGCGACCCAUCGCCAGAGAUAUCAAAGAACCUGCCGGAAAAUUGCCCGGAGAAGCAGAAAGAUAGUGGGAUUUGAGCAGAAAAGAGGGGAAAAGCGUUCAAAAGGGGGGCUGAUGGAAUCAUCUUUCCGUUAUCUUUUGGUAUGUUUUUGACCAUUACAGUGUCCAACAGUGGAAAAAUGAGAUCCCACUUGAAGGCUUUCCUCUGUAAAUUCAUGAAAAGAGAUUUCAAAGGUAGAGAGAGAGAGAGAGAGAGAGAGAGAGAGAUGGCAGCAGCAAAUAGCAAUGGCGUUCAGGAGCUGGUGACAAUGACCCGUGCAGAUGGAACCAACCUCACUCACUAUCGUCUUUUGGUAGAAAAAGGGUUCCAUAUUUUUUCUCUUUGGAGGGUAAUCAGAUCUUUAUGAAUCUACAAAAUCAGGGGUCAGUGGUCAGUGCCAGUACUUUGAAGUCUAAGAAUAAUAUAGCACUGUGUUAUGGGGGGAGGGGAGUGGAGUGGCUGUGUGUGUGUGUGUGCAUUGCAGCAGGUUCAAGCUUUGUUGUAUCUAUAUCUUAUCUUUAUAUGUAGAUGUUAAUGAUAAUGAAUGAUGAGUGUGGGUGGCUUUUUGUCACUCUCAAGCUUGCCAAAACCAAUC